AUGUCUCCCGCCUGGCUCCGGCCCCGACUGCGGUUCUGUCUGCUCCUGCUGGCGCUGCUGCUGGUGCCCGCGGCGCAGGGUUGCGGGCCGGGCCGGGUGGUGGGCAGUCGCCGGAGGCCGCCUCGCAAACUCGUGCCGCUCGCUUACAAGCAGUUCAGCCCCAACGUGCCGGAGAAGACCCUGGGCGCCAGCGGGCGCUACGAAGGCAAGAUCGCGCGCAGCUCGGAGCGCUUCAAGGAGCUCACCCCCAACUACAACCCCGACAUCAUCUUCAAGGACGAGGAGAACACCGGGGCCGACCGCCUCAUGACCCAGCGCUGCAAGGACCGUCUGAAUUCGCUGGCUAUCUCUGUCAUGAACCAGUGGCCGGGUGUGAAGCUACGGGUGACCGAAGGCUGGGAUGAAGAUGGUCAUCAUUCAGAGGAGUCUUUACACUAUGAGGGCCGUGCAGUGGAUAUCACCACCUCCGAUCGCGACCGAAAUAAGUAUGGACUGCUGGCGCGCUUGGCAGUGGAGGCCGGCUUCGACUGGGUGUAUUACGAGUCCAAGGCCCACGUGCAUUGCUCUGUCAAGUCUGAGCAUUCGGCUGCUGCCAAGACAGGUGGUUGCUUCCCUGCUGGAGCCCAGGUGCGCCUAGAGAACGGGGCACGUGUGGCCCUGUCAGCUGUGAAGCCAGGAGACCGGGUGCUGGCCAUGGGGGAGGAUGGGAGCCCCACCUUCAGUGAUGUGCUCAUUUUCCUGGACCGUGAGCCAAACAGGCUGAGAGCAUUCCAGGUCAUCGAGACCCAGGAUCCCCCACGUCGGCUGGCACUCACGCCUGCCCACCUGCUCUUUAUUGCUGACAAUCACACAGAACCAGCAGCCCACUUCCGGGCCACAUUUGCCAGCCACGUGCAGCCAGGCCAAUACGUGCUGGUAGCAGGGGUGCCAGGCCUACAGCCUGCUCGGGUGGCGGCUGUCUCCACCCAUGUGGCCCUUGGGUCCUAUGCUCCACUCACAAGGCAUGGGACAUUGGUGGUGGAGGACGUGGUGGCCUCCUGCUUUGCAGCUGUGGCUGAUCACCACCUGGCUCAACUGGCCUUCUGGCCCUUGCGACUGUUUCCCAGCUUGGCGUGGGGCAGCUGGACCCCAAGUGAGGGGGUUCAUUGGUACCCUCAGCUGCUCUACCGCCUGGGGCGUCUCUUGCUAGAAGAGAGCAGUUUUCAUCCACUGGGCAUGUCCGGGGAAGGAAGCUGA